UAAAAGAUCAGCAUUAUUUAAAUUCUAAAACAAGCAAUGCUACCAAACUCAGGAACUGCAAAACUCUUCUUGACACGAUAUUUACUGAGUUAUCUACUUCAUCUUCAGAAGAAUUUCUCAGUAACUCAGGAGAUAUGUUGGUUUCAAGGUUACUUCUUGCAAACUUUGUCAAUACGACAUCAAAUGGUAUUGGUUUAUUGAACAACCAUAAUAAAUAGAUUGCUAGAUCUCGUUUACUUCAAUGUUUGUGCAUAAAAAAGAAACUUUCUAUAACACAUUUUUUUUCAGGAGGUUGUUCCCGGCUCUGAAUAUCCAAGUCUCCAAUCUGGACCCCAAGGCAUACUAUUGUAUCUGGAUAGAAAUGAUGCCUUCAUCUAACUGCAGGUACAAGUAUGGAAACUCGGGAGGCUGGACCCCUGCUGGCACUGAAGAGGCUCAAAGUCCCCAGAGAGUCUAUCUGCACCCUGAGUCGCCUUCAACCGGAAAACAUUGGAUGUCUCAAACGAUCUCAUUCAGCAGGUUGAAGCUCACGAAUAGCACCAACAACGACUCAUCAACGACUGAUCAAAUCGUGCUCUCAUCCAUGCACAAGUAUCAACCGAGAAUCAUAAUCGCUCAGACGUCGGAUGCUACAUCAGCGAUGUAUGCUCCUUCCUCUUCUGUUGUCUUUCCUGAGACUGAGUUCAUAGCUGUAACGGCGUACCAGAACGAACAAGUUACGAAAUUAAAGAUUGACAAUAAUCCCUUCGCCAAAGGAUUCAGGAAGAACGGACGGGCUAACUGUAAGAGGAAAAGACAAGAUAGUGAAUCGCAAACCGGAGAAGAACCUUGUCAAAAACAGACAAAAGUGGAGAGGUUAUCACCGGUGAGCUUGGAAGAUGACCAUCGGUCUUCGUCAUCUUGUUCUACUCCUAGUUCUACAGCAUCAUUACCUCCAACUGUUCAUCCUCAGAGGGUAUAUCCAACUUUUCCCACUUCCUUUCCUUGUUGCUUGCUACCAACACAACAGAAUUGCUUUCCGUACUAUACCUACCCAGUCCUGCCCGUAUGGAACUUACCUGUCCUUCCUGUGCCUCACGUUCAAAAUGGUUUAGAUCGAUCGAAUUUCGAUGCUCCUGUUGUUGAAAGACCCAGGAGACUGACUGACUUCUCCAUUAGGGCUAUUGUAGGUUGUAAUUGAGAACGAUUCAAAGUUGAAAACUGAUGAGAACUUCUUCCAUGUAUAGACUCAAGGGAAAUAGUGCAGGGUAGCAUCGUUUGUGAUGCGUGGGAUGGCGUUCAGUGCGUUCAUUAACACUAUCAUUUUCUGCACUGAUGAGAGGUAAUACUUCGAAACCGGUCUAUAGGUGAUCCACUCGAAUAAUUUCAGCUUGAUGCUGUUGCUGGAAUAACGAGAAACUUCUGCUGGACUACAAUGUAUACAGUACAUCAUUCUCUAUCGAUCAGUACGUACUACGACACAGUGGAAUAAAUAUUUAUUGAUAUAAGGAGCUAUAAAAACACAGGGCAGCAAUGAAGAGAAGGAUGAUGACCAAACUAAUUAACUGCAGUGCAAUUAAUAUUUUAAGAAGUUUCGUUGAAAAAUAUUUUAUUUUUGUUAUCAACUGUUCACUUCUCAGAAUAGUUUCAUAUAAUUAUUUUUAUUGUUCGUUAAAUAUUACAACAUAUUUAUUAUUUAUGUUUUGUUCAGUUGUAUAUUUGUGGAUGAUGUACAUAGUAUAUAGAAGAGACAAGAUAGAUAUUUAUUUAUUCAUUAAACGUGAUUUGUACAUAAAUGCAGUGUUUGAAUUAUUGUUACACAAAAAAUGACACCUUAAAGUUAACUAUAACAAUAGUACUUGUGAAGCAUUGUUUGACACCUGUAGUAUUGUACCUAAUGAAUAUAACUGGAGUUUUAUCCCAACACCAAACCGUUAUUUCAACACCUCGACACGUGUUUCGAUUACCAAGUGAUCAUCUUCAAAAGGAAGAUUGAACAGUUUAAAAUUGUAAUUCUAAAACUGAACUGACUAGCAAAAAAAUGUCAUUGAAAUUUCAAAAUCAGUGAGACUUUGAAAUUUCAGACCAAUUCAUGAAAAAUAAGGUCAUCAUAUGUUGAUUCAGAAUUUUGCUUAGUAAAAGAGUUCACCCCGAACGUGUACUACUUAUUAACAUUAUCAAAGCUAACUUGUAAACACGCAAUCAUGAUUGACUCAACUAUAUAUAAUUCCGGCUCCAUAAUUCGUUAUGAGAAUAUAUUCCGAAUAAACAAAACCCUCAACACUAUGUAUGUUUAUUAACAUAUAACCACUCAAGAAUACAAGUUGUA